AUGGCGGAAGCAAUCCCUUCCAGCAUUGCAGAGACGAUCAUUAGGCAAUUGGGCAAAACAGCAGUGAAAGAGAUUGCCUUGUUUUGGGGCGUUGAAGACGAGCUUGGGCAACUUGAAGGGACAAUUUCAAUUAUCAAAAGUGUCCUUGUUUAUGCAGAAAAGCAGCAAUUGCAAGAUGAACAAAUCAAAACAUGGCUCGAGAGGCUUGAAGAUGUAGUUUAUGAAGCUGAUGACUUGGCGGACGAGUUCUCUACUGAAGCUUUGCGACGACAAAGUGAUGACCAGGAAUUCAAUGGCCAAGCAGAUGAUAAGAAGUUCCACUUAGAGAAGGGUCUUCAGGACACUCAAGUUAUGAUUGGUGAGUGGAAAGAACACUCAUAUGAACGGGAAGAAAAUAUUGUCGGAAGAAAUGCUGAGAAAAUAGACAUCAAGAAACGUUUGUUUGAUCUAAAAGCUGAUCAUGAAAAUAUAGGUAUAAUUUCCAUAGUUGGUGCUGGAGGCUUAGGAAAAACCACCCUUGCACAACUAGUUAUCAAUGAUGGUGAGGUUUUUGAUGUGGAGUUAAUUGUCAAAGAAAUUGUUAAAUCUGGAGAAAAAGACCCCGGAUCUAUUGAAAACAUUCCAGUGAAUAGAUUGCAAAAGGACCUUCAAGAAAAAAUAAGAGGAAAACUAUAUCUUCUUGUGCUCGAUGACGUAUGGGGUAUUGAGAAUCGUGAAAAAUGGUUGAAGUUAGAAAACCUGUUAAGAGAUGGUGCUGGUGGAAGUAGAAUAAUAGUAACCACUCGUGAUGAAAUGGUUGCACGCAUUGUUAAUGGCAGAAAGGAAUCGACUUACAAUUUAAAGACCUUAAAUGAGGAAAAGGCAUGGUUUUUGUUUAAAAAAUUAGCUUUUGUGCAAGGACAGGAGCCAAAUGAUCACAACCUUGUGGAAAUUGGAAAGGAGAUUAUGAGAAAAUGUGGAGGAAUUCCUUUAGUUAUAAGAACAAUCGGAAUUGCAACUGAUGACUUUUUGAAUCUGACAAAAUGCAAGAUGCAUGAUUGCAUGCAUGACCUUGCAACUUCAGUGACAGGAACAAAAGGCCUUUUUAGAGAAAUAAUACCUAAAUUUAUUGGUAAGCUGAAGCAUCUUAGGUAUCUUAACCUUUCAGUAAAUCAAAUGGAGGUAUUGCCCAAUUCUAUAACAAGGUUACAGAAUUUGCAAACGCUAAAUCUAUCCCAUUGUUGGAGACUUCGAGCAUUACCAAGAGACAUUACAAAACUCGUCAACUUUCGACAUCUUUAUCCUGAAUAUUGGGGCUUGACACAUUUAUCACAUGGACUAGGUCGACUGACUAACCUGCAGACGUUACCGGUGAUUCUACUGAGGGAGGAUUCAGGGCAUGGUGGCCAGCUAAAUGAACUUAAGAAUCUGAACAACUUGAGAGGAAAACUGAAAAUUGUAGUGGAUAAAGAUGGUAUAGAAUCUAAAGGUGCAGAUUUGAGAAAUAAAGAAUAUAUCCAGUCCUUAGAGUUGAGUUUUUGGAGUAGAAUGGGGGAUGAUUGUGAAGAUCUUGUCCCACAUCCAAAUCUUAAAGAACUGAGCAUAAAGGGUGCUUAUGUAAGUGAUGUUUUAUUAAAUUGUGUGGGCUCACUUCAUAAUCUUGUCAAAUUUGAAUUAUGGGCACAUAAGGAAUGCCAAUAUUUAGCGUCAUUCAAUCAUCUCCCUUGUCUUAAAGUACUAAAAAUGAGGGACUUGCCUGCACUGGAUUACAUUUCAAGUGAUGAUAAUUUGUUAUCAUCAUCGUUGCCAUUCUUCCCAUCUCUACAACAACUUUCACAGGAUAGAAUCCCAAAUCUGAAAGGAUGGUGGAAAUCAGAUGAAGCUGAGAAGAAAGAAAAUGCACGAAUACUACCUUUCUUCCCCCGUCUUUCGAAGUUGUCUAUUAUGGAUUGUCCAAACCUAAUUUCCAUGCCUCCUUUCCCAUAUCUACAAGAAUAUCUGCGUCUACAAAACACAAGCAUAAAACCAUUCCAAGAGACAUUAUUGAUGGAGACAAAUGUCCUUGAUUCAGACUUCCUUCCUCUCUCCAAAUUGAAAACUCUGAAUGUUUCAUUUAUUCAGGAUCUGCAGCAUUUUCCAGUGCAACUCAAAAGCCUCACUUCUCUCAAGGAGCUGAAUAUUAUAGGAUGUCCCAAGUUGCAAUCUUUAUCUCAAGGUUUUCACCAUCUCACCUCACUUCAACAAGUGCAUAUUAGGCACUGCGAGGAGCUGGACAUGCCUAAUGGUAAUGAUGCAAUUCUGUGGCAUCACCUUGGAAGCCUCUCUCGUUUGGAGUUGCAUGGCCUUCCAAAACCAGUUGCUCUUCCUCAAGGGCUUCAACAGGUUACCAGUCCGCAAGAAAUCAAAAUUUUUGGCUUUGAAAAUUUUGGAAUCUGUUCUGCAAUGUAUCGGCAACCUCAAAUCGUUAAAGGAAUUAUGUAUUGA